UCGGGGAACAGACAUAGUCUCAAUGUAGUGGACCCUGAGUGACGACUCUGUGUAGCUAGCAGACAGUCAGUUUAGCCUGUUCAUCUGCUCCCUGGCCUUGGCUCUGGAUUGUCAGGAUGUCUGUGGGAAGGAAGUAUCUAUACCAUCACCUCCCUUCCUCUUCCCAAAUUGCAGUGCCUCCCUGCCCCUCAUGGCCCUGCUACCUCUGCAUCCCUUGGGCCCUCUUGGCUGACCACUUCCCAUGCUGCAGGCAGCCAGAGUAUAGCUGGUCUACAGUGUCAGUGCAGCUAGGAGCUGCUCAACACUGAGAAGGAGUGGCUCCAGUUGCUCCAAGACCUGCAUGACCAAAGGGAGUGGCACCAUCAAGAGUGGACUGGCCCUUAAACAGGCAAAACUAGACCUACUGGCCAGACAAGUGGAGUUUUGGAGUCAAUCCGCUGAAGUGCAGCCAUGAUUAUUUCAACUGUACUCCACAAUGCCAAGUUGGCAAAGUUUUGCCCUGAUAUAUCCAAUGUUACAGGUACAGCAAUUUGUCUCAUUUAUGACACUAAAUUAGAUAAUCACUUGUCUACUAUUGGAGUUAAAUUUGAUUAAAAUGUGGUGUUAUCAAUGUGACAUUACAGUACUUCAUUUACUACACAUAUUUCCAUAACAUAUUGAAAUAUAGCCAUAAUGUUAUCCAUCCAUCCAUUAUCUGUAACCACUUAUCCUGUCCAGGGUUGCAGGCAAGCUGGAGCCUAUCCCAACUGACUAUGUGCGAGAGUCAGGGUACAUCCUGGACAAGUUGCCAGAUCAUUGCAGGGCUGACACAUCAAGACAAACAACCAUUCACAUUCACACCUACAGUCAAUUUAGAGCCACCAAUUCACUUAACCUGCAUGUAUUUGGACUGUGAGGGAAACCCACGCAGACAUGAGAACAUGCAAACUCCACACAGAAAGGCCUCCAUUGGCCACUGGGCUCGAACCCAGAACCUUCUUGCUAUGAUGCUAUCAUUGUGGCUGUCUAUGUCCCACCCUCAGCCAACCCAACAUCAGCAUGUGAUGCCAUUCAUACCACCAUAGCUGGACUCCAACCUUAACACCCAGAUGCCCUCAUAAUUUUGGGUGACUUUACCCACAAAACUCUGCCCAACUUCAUCCAGUAUGUGAACUGUCCCACCAGAGAGGAGAAUACCAUGGACGUGCUUACUCAGGUGGACCUGUCUGUACCCAUCAAAACUGACAGAAAGUCCAGGCAGGUCUUUCAGGACAGCAGAAAGGCUGGGAUUCCCCAGGAUCCACACUUCUGCAAAAAGGCGGGGAUUCUGAUUCACAUUCCUGAUGUGCUGCGGGCUUCCCCUGAUUGAGCAGGAAUGUACCUCAUCUCUAUCAGUGGCGCCAAUCCACACCUAUGAGGUCAAGCGUAAUUGGCUAAAUCAUAGUAAAACAAACGGUCAUUGGUUAGACGAUUCAUCCCAUUUGAGCAGACUCAAAGGAAGUCAUCACUCGUGCUCAGUGCUCAGAUGAAUGGUGAAAUGGCUGAGGGAUUGGACACAGGAGAUGGAGAAGGAGACCAAAAAGACCUUCCACCUCACCCGUGGCCUUAUCUGAAAGAAUUCUUCGAAAUCGUCGGAAGCAAAAACGACUCGUUUCAAAUGCAGUGCAAACUCUGCAUCCCGAAGACGCACGUCCUUUUGGCUUUCAAAAACUCGCCGUCAAAUUUGAAAAAACAUAUAGAGAGAAAACAUGGUAAUCAUCUCGAACGCUACAAAGCCCUAACUUCAACGGCCCUGAGGAGAAAGGCUGAAGGAACACCUGAGCAAGGCCCACCAGCACCCAAACAAUCAAAAUUGUUCAACAGUAGGUCGGUGUCCCAGGCCAGUGUCGAUAAAAAAAUCCUCAACUUUAUUGUGCAAGGUCUACAUGCAACCAACACAGUGGAGCAGCAGGGGUUCAAAGAGCUGAUUCAGCAUCUUCAGCCAAAUUUAAAUGUCAUGUCACGUAAUACCGUUGUGAACAAAAUUCAGAAAAUGUCUCUGGAAAUGAAGAACAACCUGAAGGCAGCAAUGAGUAAAAUUGACUACAUAGGCACGACAACUGACUGCUGGACAGCAUAUAGGAGAGGCUUUCUGGGCGUAACAGCCCAUUGGAUUGACCCUACCACCAUGACCAGACGGUGUGCUGCCCUAGCUUGUAAGCAGCUGAAUGGGCCCCACACCUUCUCUGCCCUUGCCAGUGCAUUAAACGAAGUUCAUUGCGAAUUCAACAUCCGAGACAAAAUCACGCGCACUACGACUGACAAUGGCUCCAAUUUCAUAAAAGCUUUUAAGCUGUAUGGACAGACUGAUGAAAACAACAACCCAGGUGCUUGUUUUGUUGAGGGUGGUGAAGGCAAAGAUGACGGUGGUGAAUCCAUUGAUGAGGAAUUGGAGAGUGAGGGCAUGGAGUUAAUCGAUGCUGGAGCGAUACUUGAUGAAGCUGAAGAUGACACCCUGGAAUACCAACUUCCCAGGCACCAUCGCUGUGCUUGCCACCUACUUAAUUUAGUGUCAACUGUUGAUGUUGAGGAGGCCAAUGUCAACAGCGCCUACAAGAGGGUUUCACGCUUAGCCUUUUCAAAGUGUUGGGGACUUUGGAACAAAAGCGCAAGAUCUACCACAGCAGCAGAGGUUAUCGAAAAGAACUGCAAACUGCAACUAGUGAGGCCGAAUGCUACAAGAUGGAAUUCCAUGUUCCUGGCGGUGGAGAGGAUCAUCAGAAUAAAAAGGGAGCAGGGAGAAGGAGCCAUCACAGCUGUAUGCAGCGCACUGAAGAUAGCCAUGUUCACACCUGUGGAGCUUGCAUUCCUGGCCGAAUACACAAAGACCAUGGCCCCGGUGGCGAAGGCCCUGGAUGUGCUGCAGGGAGAGACGAAUGUGCAGAUGGGCUGGUUGGUGCCAACAAUCACAAUACUCAAGAAUAAGCUCCAGAGCCUCAGCAUUUCCUCCAAGUACUGUAAGCCUUUAAUCGAUGCUCUACUAAAAGGCCUUGAGAAGCGAUUUGAACAAGUCCUCAAAGAACCAGAGCUAAUCGCUGCUGCAAUCCUCGUGCCCAAAUUCAAGACAGGCUGGACAAGUGACGAUUGCACCCUGACACUUGGUCUUGACUACAUUAAAAGUCACUUGAAAGACCAAACUGAGGAGGAUCAAGUUGAGAGCUCGCCGUCUUCUUCAGAGGAGGACUUCUUUUCUUCAAUCAAGCAGGCCAGUUCCCAAGAAAACGCCAAACAGCUGGAGACUUACCUUGGCUCCCCAGGUGAUACAAUGGAUGCACUGAAGUCUUUCCCAGCAAUUUGCACCCUUUCCCUCAGGCUUAACACUGCACUCCCAGCCUCAGCUGCAUGUGAGAGACUGUUUAGUGUAGCGGGACUGAUCUUCCGUCCAAAAAGGGCACGUAUUGAUCACAAGAACUUUGAGAAUCAGCUUCUUUUGAGGCUCAACAGAGCAUUUUGGUAGUCUGAAUGGGUAUGCUGUCUUCCUUUCCAUAAUGGUGCACACACCACACACCGUCAUACUUCUUGACUGUCCAGGUUUUAUGGUCCAUUGUUUGAAGGGUUCUAUGAACCCCUUCAUUACAUUGAUAUCAUUACACACACACACACACACACACUAACACACACACACAGUUGUGGCUAAAAAGUUAGGGUAUAGCGCAAUGUGUAGUUCAUUUCUAAACCACUGUGCUGCCCCGAGGGCUCAACAGCAGACUCUACAUGAGUCAGUUGAAGGGGAUAUGUUAAAUGCACCUCACUAGCUGCCUGUGGACUUUGACUCUCAUUUUUGUGUUUUUUUUUUUUUCCUGAAAGUUACUAACCGAUCUGACAUACCCUGGGGGGAAAAGGAUAUCAAAGCAGUUAGGCGUUAGGCAGUUGUUGUUUUUUCUUUUUUUAUCGGACCAUCAUCGUCAGGGAUGUCUGUAUAAUUAUAAAAGCUCAUUUUAGUUUUGGGUUUGAAUUUAAUAGCAGAGGGGAAAUUGUUUGCUUUUUUUCCCCGUUUUUUUUUUUUUUUUCUUGGAUAAGGCAAACAUGUAUACCUCGUGCACUCCUAGUGUGUGCAGAAUCGAUCUCUCUACCUUUUCACCAACUGUACAGUUUGGAUUAAUACUAUUUUGUUACAGGCUUAUUACAGGCAUUUGCAAGCCUGAAUACCUUUGUUAUGGCAAGCCUUGAGUGCUACCUUGAAUGUAAUAGCAAAAGGGAAAUUGUUUGCCUUAUCCAAAAAAAAAAAAAAAUCAAACAUGUAUACCUUGUGCACUCCUAGUGUGUGCAGAAUCUCUCUCUCUCUCUCUCUUGCUCUCUCCUCGCUCUCUCGCCACACAAACUUUGAGUACAUGGAAUACCUUUUCACCAACUGUACAGUUUGGAUUAAUACUAUUUUGUUACAGGCUUAUUACAGGCAUUUGCAAGCCUCAAUACCUUUGUUAUGGCAAGCCUUGAGUGCUACCUCUGGACAUCCAAUAAAGUUUGAGAAAGAACAAGCUCCUCAAGUUGCUUUGUCUUUGACAGUAAGGGGUUUAUGAUAAUACUGUGUUUUGGGCUGAAUGCAGGCCUAUAAUCAGUUUCAAAUUAAGUUUCCAAUCUUU